AAAAUUCAUUGAAGCAAAUCAGAGAACGAAAAUUUAGUCGGUAUCAAACUAGCUAGUGAUGAGUCAUUUUAAUUGACCUUUUGGUUCCGUCCACCGAAAGCACCAAUUUCUGGAGCAUCUGCUGCAAAGUUUCCGAUUCCCUCACGGAACUCGCGGUUAAACAACACACGGAAGCAUAGUUAUUAAUUUGUGACAAACAAACAACAACAUUAAUUAUUAAAAGGAGCACAAGAGAGGGGGAUCAUUUUCUUUCUCUCCGUCUCUCUUCGUUGUUAUAGCAUAUACCCUGCGACGCUUAGGCUACUCUCGCCACCAUCAUUCGUCGUCGUUUGUCAUUUGUGAUUGUCGUUUCAGCUUCUUUCUCUCUUUCGCAAUUGGGGUAGAACAAGUCCGUCACGUCACCAUUGAUUUCAGAAACCACCCAGGUGGGGGAUUUUCUAUAUUUCCCCAUUGGGUGUCUUUUUUCAUCUUCAAAGUUUGAUUUUUCAGUGCUACCCUACUGCAACUGCAACAACUUCUCUCUUUCUUCGUAUAUUCCUCGUUGGUGAAAUAAACGUCUUUGUUUCCACGUGCAUUGGUUUUCUCUUCGUUUCCCGUAUUCUGAGAUGCCCCUUCUCUUCUCUUCUUCUACUCGUUGUUGUUGUUAUUCUCAAUCUGCUUCUUCUUCUUCAUCAUCAACACACUUUUUUCAAUAAUGGGUGUCGCACGUUUUUUCCAUGAUGUCCUAGGAUUGCCCGUGUUGGAACUUGCGACAAUCUGCAUGAACCUGACUUUUGUACUUUUGUUUCUCUUUGUUGUCUCGGUGAGGCGUGUUCUUGUGUAUGGGGGUGGAUUUCGAUUCGGUAAGGAUGGAAACAGCGGCAAUGCUAGCCCAAUUUGCAGUGUCAUUGAUGAAGAAACGCGUGGUGUUAGAAUCGGUGUGGGGUUCAAGUUGUCAGUGUUGUCUUGUUUCUAUGUUCUGUUUGUGAAUGUUUUGGCGUUGGGAUUUGAAGGGGGUGCUUUGAUUUGGGGUGAGGCUAAUGGGGAUGCUGACGUGGAUUUGUCUCUUCUUGCUGUCCCUGCUGCACAGGGUUUGGCUUGGUUUGUGUUGAGCUUCUCGGCCUUGUAUUGCAAGUUCAAGGUGUCAGAGAGGUUCCCAUUUUUGUUGAGAGCUUGGUGGUUUUUGUCCUUUGUUAUUUGCUUGUGUACUUUGUAUGUUGAUGGGAGAGGAUUUUGGGAGGAGGGUUCUGAACAUCUAUGUUCUCGUGCUGUUGCAAAUGUUGCUGUCACACCAGCUCUUGCAUUUUUGUGUGUGGUUGCAAUUAGGGGUGGUACUGGUAUAAGGGUUUGUGGGAACUCUGAUCUUCAAGAGCCAUUGCUUGUUGAUGAGGAACCGGGGUGUCUCAAGGUUACUCCUUAUAGAGAUGCUGGACUUUUUAGUUUGGCCACUCUUUCUUGGCUGAAUCCACUUCUUUCCAUUGGUGCUAAGAGACCGCUCGAGCUUAAGGAUAUUCCACUUGUUGCACCAAGAGAUAGAGCCAAGACUAGUUAUAAGGUUUUGAAUUCUAAUUGGGAGAGAUUGAAGGCUGAAAAUGAGAAUCCCUCUAAGCAGCCUUCGUUGGCUUGGGCGAUUCUCAAGUCAUUCUGGAAGGACGCAGCCCUGAAUGCCAUCUUUGCUGGUAUGAAUACUUUGGUGUCAUAUGUAGGUCCAUACAUGAUAAGUUACUUUGUGGAUUACUUGGGUGGCAAGGAGACUUUCCCCCAUGAGGGAUAUAUCCUUGCUGGUAUUUUCUUUGUGGCAAAGCUUGUGGAGACUGUGACAACUAGGCAGUGGUAUCUGGGAGUGGACAUCUUGGGUAUGCAUGUUAGGUCUGCUCUAACUGCAAUGGUAUAUAGGAAGGGACUUAGACUGUCAAGCUCAGCCAAGCAGAGUCACACAAGUGGGGAGAUUGUCAACUACAUGGCAGUUGAUGUUCAGAGGGUAGGGGACUACUCUUGGUACCUUCAUGACAUGUGGAUGCUUCCUAUGCAGAUUGUUCUUGCCCUUUUAAUUUUGUAUAAGAAUGUUGGAAUUGCUUCUGUUGCAACAUUGAUUGCUACAAUCAUUUCCAUUGUUGUCACUGUUCCUGUGGCUAGGGUGCAAGAAGAUUAUCAGGACAAAUUGAUGGCAGCUAAGGAUGAAAGGAUGAGAAAGACAUCAGAGUGUCUUAGGAAUAUGAGGAUUCUCAAGCUGCAAGCUUGGGAGGACCGAUAUCGAUUGAAGUUGGAGGAAAUGCGUGGAGUAGAGUUCAAGUGGCUAAGGAAAGCACUCUAUUCUCAGGCUUGCAUAACUUUCAUGUUCUGGAGCUCCCCUAUAUUUGUUUCAGCUGUUACUUUUGCUACUUCCAUAUUGUUGGGGGGUCAGUUGACAGCAGGUGGUGUUCUCUCUGCUCUAGCUACUUUCAGGAUUCUCCAAGAACCUCUGAGGAAUUUUCCUGACUUGGUAUCAACCAUGGCUCAGACAAAAGUUUCUCUUGAUCGCAUAUCUGCUUUCCUGCAGGAUGAAGAAUUGCAGGAAGAUGCGACUAUCGUCUUGCCACCUGGCAUUUCUAACACGGCCAUAGAAAUUAUGGAUGGUGUCUUCUGCUGGGACUCUUCUUUGCCAAGGCCUACUCUAUCGGGAAUACAUGUGAAAGUGGAAAGAGGGAUGACUGUGGCUGUUUGUGGCAUGGUUGGUUCCGGUAAAUCAAGUUUUCUUUCUUGCAUCCUUGGAGAGAUUCCCAAGCUGUCUGGUGAAGUAAAAGUGUGUGGUUCUGUUGCAUAUGUCUCCCAAUCUGCUUGGAUACAGUCAGGAAAUAUAGAAGAAAAUAUCCUGUUUGGCACCCCAAUGGACAAAGCAAAGUACAAGAAUGUUCUUCAUGCUUGCUCAUUGAAAAAGGACCUAGAACUUUUCUCACAUGGAGACCAAACAAUUAUUGGUGACAGAGGUAUAAAUUUGAGUGGUGGUCAGAAGCAGCGGGUUCAGCUUGCUCGAGCACUCUACCAAGAUGCUGAUAUUUACCUACUUGAUGAUCCCUUCAGUGCAGUUGAUGCCCACACUGGAUCAGAAUUAUUUAGGGAGUAUGUAUUGACAGCACUAGCAGAUAAAACAGUCAUUUUUGUGACCCAUCAAGUUGAAUUUCUUCCUGCUGCUGAUAUGAUAAUGGUUCUUAAAGAAGGCCACAUCAUACAGGCAGGAAAAUAUGAUGAUCUUUUACAAGCAGGAACAGAUUUUAAAACUCUAGUUUCAGCUCACCAUGAAGCAAUAGAGGCUAUGGAUAUUCCUAAUCACUCAGAAGAUUCAGAUGAAAAUGUACCCUUGGAUGACACUAUUAUGACCAGUAAGACAUCCAUUUCUUCUGCAAAUGAUAUUGAGAGUUUGGCUAAGGAAGUUCAGGAGGGAUCAUCAGAUCAGAAAGUAAUUAAGGAGAAGAAGAAAGCAAAACGCUCGAGAAAAAAACAGCUUGUUCAGGAAGAGGAGAGGGUUAGAGGUAGAGUCAGCAUGAAGGUGUACUUGUCAUACAUGGCUGCAGCAUACAAAGGUGUAUUGAUUCCACUCAUAAUCAUUGCACAAACAUUAUUUCAGUUCCUUCAGAUUGCCAGUAAUUGGUGGAUGGCUUGGGCAAAUCCUCAAACUAAGGGAGACCAACCCAAAGUAACUCCCACAGUUCUUCUUCUUGUUUACAUGGCCCUUGCUUUUGGCAGCUCAUGGUUCAUCUUUGUAAGGGCUGUUCUCGUGGCUACAUUUGGUCUAGCAGCUGCACAGAAACUAUUUUUUAACAUGCUUAGAAGCAUAUUCCAUUCACCAAUGUCUUUCUUUGACUCUACACCAGCUGGAAGGAUCUUGAAUCGUGUUUCAAUUGAUCAAAGUGUUGUGGAUCUUGAUAUUCCUUUUAGACUUGGAGGGUUUGCUUCAUCAACAAUACAACUUAUUGGCAUUGUUGCUGUAAUGACAGAUGUUACAUGGCAAGUUUUGCUCCUAGUAGUCCCGUUGGCUAUUAUUUGUUUGUGGAUGCAGAAAUACUACAUGGCUUCCUCAAGGGAAUUAGUACGUAUCGUGAGCAUCCAAAAAUCUCCAAUUAUACAUCUUUUUGGUGAAUCAAUUGCUGGAGCAGCCACCAUUAGAGGUUUUGGACAAGAAAAAAGGUUCAUGAAGAGGAACCUCUAUCUUCUGGAUUGUUUUGCACGACCAUUCUUCUGUAGUCUUGCAGCUAUUGAGUGGCUCUGCCUGCGCAUGGAAUUACUUUCAACCUUUGUAUUUGCUUUCUGCCUGGUAUUACUUGUCAGCCUUCCCCAUGGAAGUAUUGAUCCCAGCAUGGCUGGACUUGCAGUAACAUAUGGCCUGAAUUUAAAUGCACGUCUAUCACGAUGGAUACUUAGCUUUUGCAAACUUGAAAAUAAAAUCAUAUCCAUUGAAAGAAUUUAUCAAUACAGCCAAAUUCCUAGUGAAGCACCAGCAAUUGUUGAAGAUUCUCGUCCUCCAUCCUCAUGGCCUGAGAAUGGGACAAUCCAAUUAAUUGAUCUGAAGGUACGUUACAAGGAAAAUCUUCCCGUGGUGCUUCACGGAGUAUCCUGCACAUUUCCUGGUGGGAAGAAGAUUGGAAUAGUUGGUCGUACUGGCAGUGGCAAAUCUACCUUGAUUCAAGCAUUAUUUCGAUUGGUUGAACCGGAGGCAGGGAGUAUCCUUAUAGACAACAUUAAUAUUUCAUCAAUUGGUCUUCAUGAUCUUAGAAGUCAUUUGAGUAUCAUACCACAAGAUCCAACCUUAUUUGAAGGCACCAUUCGAAGCAAUCUUGAUCCUCUUGAUGAGCACUCUGAUAAAGAGAUUUGGGAGGCCCUUGAUAAGUCACAACUUGGAGAUAUAAUCCGUGAGACAGAGCGAAAGCUUGAUAUGCCAGUGCUGGAGAAUGGAGAUAAUUGGAGUGUAGGACAGUGUCAACUUGUUUCUUUGGGUCGAGCUCUGCUGAAGCAAUCAAAGAUACUUGUACUUGAUGAAGCAACGGCAUCGGUUGAUACUGCUACUGAUAAUCUUAUCCAGAAGAUUAUUCGAAGAGAGUUUAGAGAUUGCACUGUGUGCACUAUUGCACAUCGUAUUCCUACUGUUAUUGACAGUGAUCUAGUGCUGGUACUCAGUGAUGGUCGAGUUGCAGAGUUUGAUAGUCCAUCUAGGCUGUUAGAGGACAAGUCAUCUAUGUUUCUGAAGUUGGUGACGGAGUAUUCAUCGCGGUCAAGUGGCAUACCAGACUUUUAAAAUGGAUGAAAAUGCAUCAAAACCUUCAAUGAUGGAGGUGGUAUGAGCUUAAGAGCCUUCGAAGUUAGUGGGCAGCAAGAGCUCAAGACAUUUCGAGUAGAAACAGUAACGAUGCCUCAGUUGCUGUCACUGCUGCAUUGGAAACAUGCUGAGACAUAAAAUGAGCUGAUGCACGAGUGAGCCCUUAUCGAUUAAGCACUCCAGUGGGAGAAAUUAUUUUCCAGUUUGAAAGUAUCAUCAGUUGGUUCAUCCCCAUAAACCACAUUGAGGAAUUCAUGCAUGGUUGGGGCUUGCUUUGUAACAUGGAAUAAGAUGAUCGCCCUUUACAGGAAAGAAAACAUGGGCGUCUGAAUUGAUUUCAAUAAUGUUGAAUAACAGUUUUGAGAAUGAGGCAGUAGGCUUUUGCUUGCUUAGAAAAGUGUAACCCUUUGUUGGGAUGAAACAAUUUAACAGGAGAAUUUAUUUUUUCAAGGAAUUUAAAAUGAUUCAUGAAAAAAUAGUUUGUUUG